AUGCGGGAGAUCGUGCAGAUACAAGUUGGGCAAUGCGGCAAUCAAAUAGGUACCAAGUUUUGGGAAGUCAUUGCUGACGAACAUGGCAUUAAUUCCGAAGGAAAAUACCAUGGUGAGUCGGACUUGCAGCAGGAACGGAUAAACGUCUUCUUUACCGAAGCACAAGGUGAGCGAUUUGUCCCGAGAGUGAUACUGGCUGAUUUGGAUCCUACUUCGCUGAGCUCAGUAAAAUCUGGACCUUACGGGAAGCUGUUCAAGCCGGACAACUUCAUAGCCGGAAAAGCUAGUGCUGCAAACAACUGGGCCAAAGGUCACUUCACGGAAGGAGCCGAGCUUGCGGAUCCUGCCCUGGACAUUAUUCGUAGAGAAGCCGAAAGCUGCGAUCUUCUUCAAGGAUUUCAGCUGUUGCACUCUAUCGGAGGAGGCACUGGUUCAGGGAUGGGGACUUUACUGAUGAAGAAAAUGCGCGAGGAAUAUCCGGAUCGGGUUAUGACCUCCUACUCGAUCAUACCGUCCCUGAAAAUCUCGGACAUAGUCGUUGAGCCGUACAACGCGACUCUAACGAUGCAUAACCUGAUCGAACACAGUGACGAGACAUUCUGCAUGGACAACGAGGCCCUCUACGACAUCUGUUCCAACUCGUUGAAACUCGCUGGACCGACCUACAGCGACUUGAAUCACCUCGUGUCAACGUGCAUGGCGGGUAUCACGACGUGCCUGAGGUUUCCUGGCCAACUGAACGCUGACUUGAGGAAAAUCGCCAUCAAUAUGGUGCCUUUUCCGAGACUCCACUUCUUUGUACCUGGCUUCGCCCCUUUGACCUCCCGCAGCGCUGCACCGUUUCGCGUUAUGUCCGUUCCGGAGCUUACCCAGCAAAUGUUCGACGCCAAGUGCAUGAUGGCAGCCUGCGACCCCACCAAGGGUCGUUUUCUCACCGUGGCAGCCAUUUUCAGAGGACUCGUGUCCACCAAGGUUAUGAGUCAUGAGAGAGCGCUUCGUUAUGGAGAUUUUUUCACUCCAAAAUAUUCUUUAAAUUCCGACUAUUCCAUGUUUCAGGUCGUCGACGAGCAAAUGCUCAACGUCCAGAAUAAGAACAGCAAGCAUUUUGUCGAAUGGAUACCGAACAAUAUUAAAACUGCAAUCUGUGACAUUUCACCGCGGGGAUUUAAAGUCGCUGCCACGUCAGUGUCAAAUACCACAUCCAUGCAAGAACUGUUCAAAAGGAUCACUGCUCAAUUCAACGCAAUGUAUAGAAGAAAGGCUUACCUUCACUGGUACACUACUGAGGGUAUGGACGAGAAUGACUUCAUUACUGCUCUAAAAAACGUGCAAGAUUUGAUAUCAGAGUAUCAGCAGUACCAGGAGGCUGAACCUGAUGAGGAUAUCAUCGUAGACGACGAUCAAGAAGAGGACCAUGCAGAAGAAAGUGAAAUGAAAGAGAAGACUCAAGCAGCGAAAGAAGGUGAAAAGAUAGCAGAUGAUGAGCCAGAAGACGCGGAGUAA